AUGAGCAGCAGCAGGGUCUGCAAGGCGCGAGGCGGCACUCACUCUCUUUGCUAUAACUUCACCGUCAAUCCUCAGCCGAGACCUGAAGAGCCAUGGUGUGUGGUUCAAGGCCAUGUAGAUGGGAAUGUUUUUCUCUCCUAUGACUGUGGUGGCGCCAAGAUCCAAUCCACAAGUCCAUUGGGAGAGGAGGUGAAAACUACGAACACUUGGGAAACACAGAUGGAAACACUUAGAGACAUCGGGGACUUGCUCAAGGAGCAACUGCCUGACGUUAUACCUGAGAAACACACAGCCAGGGUGGGGUCAGGCCCUCUGACCCUGCAGGCCAGGAUGACAUGCUGGUGUGAAGAGGAUGGAUACAUCAGUGGAUCCUGGCAGUUCGGCUUCAAUCGACAAAUUUGCCUCGUCUUUGAUUCAGAGAACGGACACUGGACAGAGGUUCAUCCUGGAGGGAGACAGAUGAAAGAGAAGUGGGAGAAAGACAGAGCUGUGACUAGCUUCUUCAAGAAGGUCUCCAUGGGAGACUGUCUAGCCUGGCUUCAGGAUUUUAUGGUGCCCUGGGAGAAAUUUUUGAAGACCACAGCAUCACCAACCACGGGCCCCUCUGCAGUCCAGCCCACGGCCACAGCCGUCAAGUCCAAAGCCUCGAUCCUCCCCAUGCUCCUCACCAGUUUCUUCAUAACUGUCUUCCUGGGCUGAGUCCUUUCCAGGAGCAGGUACUGAGGGCAGAAUCCAGA